AUGCCUCACAGCGUGCCAAUACACCCUAUCACUAUUUUCGCUUCCUCAAGAGCAGUGGUCGCUGGCAGGUUGACCGAAGCCACCAUUGUCGUCUCCAAUGUUACCGGCAAGAUUACAUCCAUUUUCCAUUCCGUCCUUCCACCAACAGACUUUCCCGAGGGUACCUCCUACACCGACUACUCACCACACAUGCUUCUCCCCGGCCUAGUAGAUGCUCAUGUACAUCUCAACGAGCCGGGUCGGACAGAAUGGGAAGGCUUCUGGACUGGCACUCGUGCUGCUGCUUUUGGAGGUGUAACGACUGUUGUUGACAUGCCACUCAAUGCUAUCCCGCCUACCACUACAGUCGAGAACUUGAAGAUCAAGAUCGAAGCUGCUCAAGGAAAGUGCUGGGUUGACGUCGGCUUCUAUGGUGGGGUAAUCCCAGGCAAUGCUGGCGAGCUUCAAGCUCUUGUUAAGGAAGGUGUCAGGGGUUUCAAGGGCUUCUUGAUUGACAGCGGUGUCGAUGAAUUCCCUGCAGUCAAGCCUAACGACAUUGAGCUGGCUCUCAAAGAACUCAAAGACUCCGCCACCACACUCAUGUUUCAUGCCGAGAUGAUCCCUCCCAUCACCGAUUCGGUAGGCGACGAUGUUCAGCGUGCACACCCACCUGUCGCCCCUACCGGUCCUCUAACUCACUACUCGACGUUCCUCGACUCCCGCCCCCCUUCUUUCGAAACCUACGCCAUCGCCGAGAUCCUCUCCCUCGCUCACCUUGCCCCCGACCUCCAACUUCACAUCGUGCAUCUCUCCGCCAUCGAAGCUAUCCCCAUGCUCCGGGAAGCCAGAGCCAACGGCAUCAAGAUCACCGCAGAAACCUGUUUCCACUACCUGACACUUGCAGCCGAGAACAUCAAAGCCGGCGACACGCGCCACAAGUGCUGCCCACCCAUCCGCGACCGAUCCAACCAGGACGGUCUCUGGAAUGAAUUGCUACAAGACCUCGACGGCGGCGUUAUCCAAACCGUCGUAUCCGACCACUCACCCUGCACUCCUGAUAUCAAGCUUCUUCCUGCCCACCUCGCGCCGAGGAAGCCAAGCACGCGGAAGUCAGGUCUUGUCAAAGACUGCAACAGCUGCUCUUCAUCCGAAGGCGAAGAAGAACUCGCCGAAGAGAAGGGAGACUUCUUCAGCGCCUGGGGCGGUAUUUCCUCCGUUGGUCUCGGGCUGCCCAUUCUUUGGACCGAAGGCACAAAGCGCAAUUCUAACUUCAGCGUCGAGGAGAUCGUCCGAUGGUGCUGCAAAAACACGGCUAAGCAGGUCGGGCUGGAACACAGCAAGGGCGACUUGAGUGUGGGUCUUGACGCGGAUAUCGUUGUUUUCGACGAUGCGGCGGAAUUUUACGUGGAACCGAGCACGAUGCUUUUCCGGAACAAAAUCUCGCCGUACCAGGAUAAGACGUUGAAGGGUGUUGUCCGGGAAACGUGGUUGAGGGGUGAGCGCGUGUUCAGGAGGGAGGAAGGUUUCUUGGAGAAGGUUGGGCCCAAGGGGAAGUUGUUGCUUGAGCCAAGAAAGGUGGUGCAGUGA